UCUUACUCGCGAUAAAGCUUCUCUUUUACAUUGCCCUUUCCCCUGCGCAAAUCUCAUAUAUAAAUCUAUAUUCAUUAGCAUUGCACCCGCAUUUCUUACUUUGUGAUUCUGGAAACCCUAGUUAUUUUUCUGCUCUCUUUCUUUUUCUAACCUAGAUCGAAAUCAGUCGAUUUUAGCUGCAGAAUCUGUGAUCAGUGAAAGGGAUAAAUGGAUGAAGAGUACGAUGUGAUAGUGCUCGGGACCGGUCUCAAGGAGUGUAUUCUCAGCGGUCUCCUCUCUGUUGAUGGUCUUAAGGUUAAUUUCUUUAUUUUUGUUUUUGUUUUCGUUUUUUUUUUGUUUUUUGAGAAAUCAAAUGUUCGGAGAUCAUUUCUUUUGAUGGAAAUUAUUAUUCCACAGCUCUGGAAGAGGUUUAGAGGAAGUGAUAAGCCUCCGGCUCACUUGGGUUCUAGUAGAGAUUAUAACGUCGACAUGAUUCCAAAGUUUAUUAUGGCAAAUGGUGCUCUAGUUCGAGUCCUCAUUCAUACUGAUGUUACUAAAUAUUUGUAUUUCAAAGCCGUUGAUGGCAGCUUUGUCUACAACAAGGGAAAGAUUCACAAAGUGCCAGCGACUGACAUGGAGGCCCUGAAAUCUCCUCUCAUGGGUAUUUUUGAAAAGCGUCGUGCUCGAAAAUUCUUCAUAUAUGUCCAAGACUACAAUGAAGAUGAUCCUAAAACACAUGAAGGGAUGGAUUUGACAAGAGUCACGACUAGAGAGCUCAUUGCAAAGUAUGGCCUUGAUGACAACACUGUGGACUUCAUUGGCCAUGCAUUGGCUCUCCACAGAGAUGACCGCUACUUACAUGAACCAGCCCUAGAUACUGUGAAGAGGAUAAAGCUUUACUCUGAGUCUCUAGCACGCUUUGCUGGAGGAUCGCCAUACAUCUAUCCUUUAUAUGGCCUAGGAGAGCUUCCCCAGGCAUUUGCUCGUCUUAGUGCUGUGUAUGGUGGGACCUACAUGUUGAAUAAGCCUGAGUGCAAGGUAGAGUUUGACGAGGAAGGAAAGGUGAUUGGUGUGACAUCAGAGGGGGAAACUGCUAAGUGCAAGAAAGUUGUAUGUGAUCCUUCCUACCUGCCUAACAAGGUUAGGAAGGUUGGCAAAGUUGCAAGGGCCAUUGCAAUCAUGAGCCACCCGAUUCAAAAUACCAACGAUUCUCACUCAGCCCAGGUUAUUCUGCCUCAGAAGCAGUUGGGUCGCAAAUCAGAUAUGUAUCUGUUUUGUUGCUCUUAUUCUCACAAUGUUGCUCCAAAAGGGAAAUUCAUUGCGUUUGUCUCGACAGAAGCAGAAACUGAUCACCCCGAGACUGAACUGAAGCCAGGAAUUGAUCUUCUUGGACCUGUUGAUGAAAUCUUCUUUGAGACUUAUGACAGAUAUGAACCAGUCAAUGAGCCCUCUCUGGACAAUUGCUUUAUAUCAACAAGUUACGAUGCGACAACUCACUUUGAGUCAACAGUGGUUGAUGUGCUGAAUAUGUAUACCCUCAUUACUGGAAAGGUUCUUGAUCUUAACGUGGAUUUAAGUGCUGCCAGUGCCGCAGAAGAGUGACGAAACCCAGCCUGUUUGUUCCUGAACUUUUAUGUAUUGUGUGCUGCCAAAUUCUCAAGGAUGAACAAGCAAAAGCUCGUGAUAGAAUUUGUCUCGUAAAACUGGUGUCAAAGAUAUGUUUGUUGCUUAAUGGUUGUUGGAAUCUCGUGCUUCCCUAGGAAUAAUUUCUAAUAUAUAAGAUAACAAACUAUCCUGGAAAGUUGAAACAUUUCUCUUAAUUUCAAAGUGCUAUUUACUGUAUUUGUGUUAA